AUGAGCAGGAGUCCAAGCCCCUUUAGUACGACAUUUGUGUCCCGCCCCUCGUCACCUACGAGCAUUCGCUCCGGCUCUAUCUAUGGACGUAGGAACAGUGCCCCUAUUUAUGACCCGGACGUUCCGCUUGACCAUAUGGAUGAUAUCACGGCGCCCUGGGGCCGCUACCAGACUCCUGAGCAGAUGCAAGCUUCUCCCUUCUACACUCGGAUCUCUAUCCCGGUCAAUCCGAGCAGCGUUGAGCAAUGGCGCGUCCAGUUCUGCAACUCCUAUCGCAACCACAUCGAUGCCGUCCUUCCGAGUGUCAGUGAUGCCAGUUUCACGCUCUCCUCUGUGCAUCCCAUUCCGCACCGCUAUCUACGCCAUCUCACGGUUGAGCACUUGUACUAUCUAUAUGAGUAUCUAUUUGAUGAGCUGUGGGAAGAUCAUAACCAUGGUGGCGAGUUGGAUGAGCGGGUUUCGGAGACACUGACGAGGAUUCGGGAGUUGGUGUUAGAGAGGGACGACCGGGCCGUUGUUUCGGAUGCGCGGAGGCGCAUGCGCAUGCUGAACGGGAUGGAUAGGAGGGAUAAUAGUCCGGCUACGACUCUUAUGGAUGUUGGAACGCAGACUGAGGAGGAUAGUGCGAUUGCACCGGACUCUGACCAAGCUCUGGAGCGUUCUAUUAGCAAUUCGGACUGA